AUGGCUAAGUGCGACACCCAUCCUCUCGACGUUCCGGUCACCGAGAUCCAGAUCUCGGGCUCACUGAAAGUCAACGACAUCCUGAUCACGAUUGCCGCCUCAUGCAGCGUCUCCGCAUGGGCACUGUCGCUGUACCUGAUCGCCCGCCACCUGGCCAACUACACUGUCCCCGCGCAGCAGAAACUCAUCAUCCGCAUACUGCUCAUGGUCCCCGUGUACACGACGGCCUGCGUCUUCAGCAUCGUGUACUACAAGCAGCACGUCUAUCUUGCUGCCAUAUACGAGUUCUACGAGGCGCUGGUCAUUGCGUCGUUUUUCCUGCUGCUGUGUGGAUAUCUCAACCCGGAGCGUGACGCGCUGCGGAGCGUGUUUGCCGCGCUGACACCACAGCCCUGGCUCCACCCGGUCCGGUUCCUGAGGAAGUGGGUAUGGCGCAAGCGCACUGCCAAUACGGAGGAUGGGGCGAAGUGGCUCAGCAUCAUAUGGGCUGCUAUCUUCCAGUUCGUUGUCGUGAAGUUCCUGGGCGCGCUUACCAAGUGCAUCACGGAAGGCUUGGAUGUCUACUGCAAGGAGCUUGGGGGCGCCAGCCACGCCAAAGUCUGGGUACAAGUCAUCGAGAUCCUCUCGCUGGUGACAGCCAUGUUCUGCCUCCUGCAGUUCUACAGCCAAUGCCACGAAGCCCUUGCAGAGCACAAUCCGCUGCUCAAGUUCGUUGCCGUCAAGCUCGUCGUGUUUCUCUUCUACGUCCAAUCGUUCAUCCUCGACCGAUUGACCACAAAAGGCGGCCCCUGGAAGCCAACAGAUGCCAUAUCGUAUCCAUCGCUGGUCGUCGGGAUUCCCAACACGCUGCUCUGCUUUGAGAUGGCCGCUGUAUCGAUCCUGCACCUUUGGGCGUAUCCGUGGCACAUUUACCACAAAGACGUUCAACGUCCUCUGUUUCCAGACAACACCUCCUUGACAGGAGAUUCCGCAGAUCCAAAGUCGGAAGCGUUGCAUUGGUGUCGAGCGGUUCUCCAGGUGCUGAAUUUUACAGACGUUUUGCAAGAUAUCGCAGAGGGCUUCGUGGGGCUUCGAAAACGACGUGAAGAGAAGGUGCAGGAUACGUAUGAGUUGUCGGUGGUUGAGAGGGGUGCGGAAUAUCAUGGAGGCUACGAAUCAGCUAAGGCGUCAACUCUAUCUAAGUAG